AAUGGAGAAUGCAUACACGUGGUUUGUGUCUCAAUCUUGUAUCAUUAUAUGCAUGCAUGAGAGUGGUUCCUCAAUGAUCACCACAACAAUGGUAAUGAAUGGUUGAUGAAACGAUGAAGAGCGAUUAUGAAGCCAAAUUUCAUGCAUCACAAUACCACCAACACAAACACCACACACACCCCUCACUCUCCAUUUCCCACCCAUGCAUUCAUUCACUCACCAACACAUUCACAUUCUCAAUUAUCCCUUUUCUUAUAUUACAAGUAACUAAGUAACUAUAACAAACCCGUUUUAAUUAAUUAGAAUUAGAAUUAAUUAACACUAUUAUCUCAGCAUGAGCUCUUCUCCCGCCUCUGAACUUAUCCACAGAGCCCAAAGCCGAGCCCGCAAGCCCACCACCGACCCACCGCACCCUCCCCAGCCCGGAGCACCAAUGUCUCGCGCCUUCCGCAACCGCAUCCCCUUCCUCCUCGUCGGCAUCGCCAUCUCCGCACUCUUCUUCCACACCUUCCCGAUCGUCGCCGACUCCUCCGAGCCCUCCGCCACGCUCCCGACACGCCGCGUCCUUCUAGAAGAUUCCAGCUACGCAACGAAGGCAACUUCCAAACCCGACGUGGUUCGCGUUCCCGGCGGCGUCAAAGGGCGGAGGAAGAGGAUAGUGGUGACCGGAGGGGCUGGAUUCGUGGGGAGUCACCUGGUUGACCGUUUGAUUGAGAGAGGAGACAGCGUGAUUGUGAUCGAUAACAUGUUCACGGGUAGAAAGGAGAACGUGCUGCAUCACCUUAGGAACCCUAAUUUUGAGCUGAUACGACACGACGUCGUUGAGCCAAUACUUUUGGAGGUUGAUCAGAUCUAUCACUUGGCUUGUCCUGCUUCACCUGUUCAUUACAAGUAUAAUCCUGUCAAGACUAUCAAGACGAAUGUGAUGGGAACUCUAAACAUGUUGGGGUUAGCAAAGAGAAUCAACGCCCGGUUUUUGCUUACAAGCACUAGUGAGGUGUACGGUGAUCCUCUUCAGCACCCUCAAGUUGAGACUUACUGGGGCAACGUUAAUCCAAUUGGUGUAAGGAGUUGUUAUGAUGAGGGAAAGCGAGUUGCUGAGACUUUGAGCAUGGAUUAUCACAGAGGUGCUGGUAUUGAGGUAAGGAUUGCUCGUAUCUUCAACACAUAUGGACCAAGAAUGAGCAUUGAUGAUGGACGUGUGGUUAGCAACUUCGUUGCUCAGGCAUUGAGGAAGGAACCAAUGACUGUAUAUGGAGACGGGAAACAAACAAGAAGCUUUCAAUUUGUUUCAGACCUGGUAGAAGGCCUAAUGCGACUAAUGGAAGGUGAUCAUGUUGGCCCUUUCAACCUCGGCAACCCUGGUGAAUUCACCAUGCUUGAACUUGCUCAGGUUGUGCAAGAAACCAUAGACAAAAAUGCCAAGAUAGAGUUUAGGCCAAACACAGAGGAUGAUCCUCAUAAGAGGAAGCCAGACAUUUCCAAAGCCAAAGAGCUUCUCGGCUGGCAGCCCACCGUGUCCCUCCGCGAAGGACUUCCAAGAAUGGUCUCUGAUUUCCGACAAAGGCUAUUCGGCGAUUCCAAAGGCUCUCUUGACGGUUCUCUCUCUGCAGAAUAAAGUCAGGAAGAAAGGAAAAUCACACAGAAAAAGAAAAUAAAGAUGC